AUGACUCCUACAUCACACGCUCUUCUUGUGUGCGUGAUUUUCCUCUGCGGGAUGGAGGAAACAGUCCUCUCCCAGCACGGACUUUGCGCCGGGAAUCAGUGUGUUGCAAUUUUCCAGGAGCUUAAACAUUUUUCUGAGGCGCAGACAAGAUGCAAAAGCAUGGGCGGAAAGUUGUUCGAGACAAACUCAGACUCGCAAGUACCGGAGAGGUUAUUCAGCGGGAUCAAUGGUACUUUCUGGCUGGGGACUGCAAAGAAAUCGGCAGGUCCCCAAAGCUGCUUUACUGUCUAUGCGCUCGUGGGACAUAACCUCACACAUCAACAGGAGCCGUGUCAAGAGAAACUGGAUGGAUUUGUGUGCCAAUAUGAAAUAGAAGAGCCUUGCAGGAGUUUAGAGGCAGAAGCGGGCGCACAGUUGAGGUACACCUCUCAUCUGGGUUUCGAGGUGAAGGAUUCAGCGACGUUUCCACAAGGAACCAUGGCUGUAGCGGAAAGGGCUGGCGUCAAAUAUCCCGACACGAAGCAUUUUUGUUUCUCGAAGACAUGGUUGCGGGCUCCCUGGAAUUGCGAGGUGUUGCAGGGCGGCUGUGAGCACGGCUGCAAUUCUACAACAGGCUCUUGCAACUGUCCCACAGGGGAAACUCUCCAUCCCAACAACAUCACCUGCACCAAAGAUCCGUGCAAAGAGUGUCAACACACGUGCCAAAAGGGGGGCGACACACACGUGUGCACGUGCAACACGGGUUACAGGCUGGCGAAAGAUGGGAAGACGUGUGUGGACAUCGAUGAGUGCAAGGAGAAGAGCCCCUGCACAGGUGAAGGCGAGGAGUGUGAGAACACCGAGGGAGGGUAUCAGUGCGUUUGCAAAGAUGAAUACGUGAAGGAGGAUGGAGUGUGUGUGAAUGUUAGUAUCUGUUUUAAAUGUGAGCACAUGGACUGUCAGAAAUUAAAUGGGAUUUAUCAGUGUGUGUGUCGAGAGGGGUUCAGAGUGGCACCGUGGGACCCCACCAAGUGUGAGAUAAAAUGCACCGAGCAAGCCUGUCCAACUAAUUGCAAACACGAGGCCGAUGAGCAGGUUUGCUACUGUCCUGAAGGCUACGUUAAAGAUGUUCAAAACAACACUGUCUAUUGCACAGACAUCGACGAAUGUGACAAUAACCCGUGUGAUCACACCUGUGAAAAUGUGUUUGGUAGUUACAGCUGUACGUGCAAUGAGUCUUUCGAGCUGCAAGGUAAACAUAAGUGUGUACGCACGGACGACUACGAUGGCGGCGCAGGCUAA